UUUUUUCGUGCUCGCCUAUCUGCAAUUCCCGCUACUUGUAUGUAGCUGAUCCCAAUUCUCUCUCUCUCUCUCUCUCUCUCUCUCUCUUCGAUUCACUUCCGAAGGACGCGACGCGAAACGUUUCUCUGCCCUCUCCAGCUCUCAUUCUGAGUUUCCCUGCUCGAACCAUUGAAACGAUUUGGUCCUUUUUCUGUGGAGAUGAUCGGUUAGGAUUACCUUUUUGGCAAGUAUUGUCUCUUUAUUUACUUGGAAGAGGCUUGAGUUGUUUGAUCCUGUUAGUUUUAUAGUAGAGCUUUGGACGCUGGAUCUGGAUAGCUACUUGGAUUCUGGUCACCCAGGGGCUUUUCCAUCCAUGGGGCCUACCCGGACCGCUAGAGGGCUAGCGAAUUCUUCCUCUAGCUCCGGCAUCUCUUUCCAAGGAGAUGGGCAAUCACAAGCUGUGGGAUACUCCCGCCCGAGUUCAUCUUUUGGGAAUUCAUCGAAUUCGAUUCAAGGAGUUGGACGUUCACAUAACAGUCCUGUUUCCGGAGACGCGAGUAAUACGUUCUUGAACAGUGUGGCGAGCCCUGGACCGAGUGCUGGCGUGAGCUCGUUGGUUACAGAUGCCAACUCGGGUCUUUCAGGUGGGCCAAAUCUCCGGAGAAGUUCUAGCUUUAACACAGAGUCAUACAUGCGCAUACCUGCAUCUCCCAUGUCAUUUUCGUCCAACAAUGUUAGCAUUUCCGGCUCUUCGGUUAUGGAUGGGUCCUGUGUAGUGCAGCAGAACUCCAAUCAAGACACCAACUCCCAACAGGUAUCGAGGAGUCAGCAGCAGCAGCACCAGGGGGCUUCUGGUGCUACAUCCUUGCCUACGUCGCGAAUGGGCCAAGUUUCAUUUCCCACUGGCUCACGGGUCCGUGGCGCUUUCACUCAGGAUCCCGACAUGUCCCACCUGCAGAAGAAACCCCGGUUGGAUAUAAAGCAGGAAGAUAUAAUGCAUCAGCAGGUUAUACAACAGGCACUGCAUAGACAGGACUCCUUGCAAUUGCAAACCCACAAUCCUGAGUUGCAAGCACUAAUUCAGCAACAUAGACUGCGGCAACAGCAGCAACAGUUUCUGCAGUCUAUCCCACCAGUGCAGAGAGCCCACUUACUGCAACAGCAGCAGUUUAGACAACAGCUUCAACAACAGGGCAUGCAGCCUGUAUCUUCAGGAGAACGGCCUUAUGAUAAUGGUGUGUGUUCUCGUAGACUAAUGCAAUACCUGUAUCAUCAGCGGCAGCGGCCCCCUGACAAUUCUAUUGCCUAUUGGAGGAAGUUUGUUUCGGAGUAUUAUUCCCCACGUGCAAAGAAAAGAUGGUGCUUGUCAUUAUAUGAUAAUGUUGGACAUCCCUCAUUUGGUGUUUUCCCGCAGGCAACCAAGGGUGCUUGGCAGUGUGACAUUUGUGGUUCAAAAUCUGGAAGGGGUUUUGAGGCGACUUUUGAAGUACUUCCUAGGCUAAAUGAAAUCAAAUUCGGGAGUGGUGUCAUUGAUGAACUUUUGUUUCUGGACUUGCCGCAAGAAGUUAGAUCUACUUCUGGAUUAAUGAUGUUAGAGUAUGGGAGGGCAGUUCAAGAGACAGUAUAUGAGCAACUUCGUGUUGUUCGUGAGGGUCAUCUUCGUGUUAUUUUCACUCGUGAUUUAAAGAUAUUAUCUUGGGAAUUUUGUGUUCGCCGUCAUGAAGAACUUCUUCCUCGUAGGUUGGUUGCACCCCAGGUAAAUCAGCUGCUACAGGUUGCACAGAAAUGUCUUAGUACAAUUGCUGAGAAAGGAUCUGAUGGAAUUUCUCAUCUGGACUUACAGACAAACAGCAAUAAGGUUGUGACUGCUGGGCGUCAGCUGGCAAGGUCAUUGGAGUCGCAUUCACUAAAUGAUUUAGGAUUUUCCAAAAGAUAUGUGCGGUGCUUACAAAUAUCUGAGGUUGUACAUAGUAUGAAGGACUUGAUGGAUUUCUGCCGAGACCAUAAAGUUGGGCCAAUGGAGGGCUUGAAAAAUUAUCCUCGACAUUCUAAUGCUGCCAAGCUUCAGAUGCAGAAUAUGCAUGAUAUGGAGCAGCUAGCAACCAUUCAGGGUCUGCCAACUGAUCGGUCCGCUAUUAAUAAACUGACGACUCAGCAUCCUGGACUGAACAGUCAUAUGAGCAAUAACAAUCAGACGGUUCACCGAGGAGUUCUAAGUGGCACCGCACAAGCUGCUUUCGCAAUAAGUAACUUCCAGAAUCUGCUGACAAGGCAGAACUCGAUGAACUCGAAUUCUAGUUCUCUUCAGCAUGAAGCAUCGUCGUCAUUUUCCUUCAAUAAUUCCUCGCAGAAUCCAUCUUCACCAUUUCAAGGGCCAAGUCUUCAUCAACGAUCUUUCAAUGGUUAUGACAUGCACCAACAGAGCCAUCUACAGCCGCAUCAGGGCGGCCAAACAAUACAACAGCAAAUGAUGCAGCAACUAUUGCAAAAUAUGAACAACAACAACAACAAUGGGGGAGGGAUGCAAAAUGUGACGAGUGGCGGAAUAUCGUGUGGAAGCAAUCCCUCAUCAGGCGUUACAAGUGCGGCAGGAAGUGGUGGGGGUCCUACACCCAGCGGAUGCAACAGUUUGAAAGCCGCAUCCAAUAGUGAUUCCUCCGCUGCUGGUGGCAACAAUGGAUUUAACCAGAAAGCACCGGAUUUGCCGCAAAAUAUUCCUUUGUCAGAUGAGGAAAUAGAUGGGUUUUUUAAUAGUGAUUUCGACGAUACUAUGGGCUUUAACUGGAAUGAAUGAUACAUGCAUUUGAGGCUCUACUUUCAACUUUCCAUUGGGCGAAGUACCUCUUCUUUGUACAGGUUACUUGAAUCAUCAAAUUUUAAGCCCUUAUACAUUUUCUUCCUGUUUCUUUUUUCUGCCGUGUAUUGUGGCGCGAGUUGUUGAUGUCAAGCAAUUGUAGUGAGUAGGUAUCAAAGUUUAUCCCUUGAUCUCUUUCUGGAAUCCGCCCCCCCUUUGACUGUGGGAUUUCGGUUGCCAAGUGUAACAUAGUGGAUAUGAUGAUGCUUGAAGCUGUAUUAUGGUAUUUCGCCAAUUUAAUUCCUUGGAUUUCAUGUCA